AUGGCUACCUUAAUGUCCUCUAUAAAUCCUUCAAAUAAUAAUAUCCCUCACCACCAUCAAUUAGAUAAUAAUAAUACCAAUACCAAUCGUGAUAAUAGCAAUGUUUCUUCGCCACAUUCCAUAUCGAACUAUAAUUCUCCAAUAAUGAAUUCCGCCGGCAGUUCCCUUUCAAUACCUUCUUUGCAAAGCUUGGCUCCUGUGCCACAAGCAUCUCCAUAUACCCAGCAACAGCAACAACAGCAGCAGCAACAACAACAGCAACAACAGCCAUAUUAUUAUUAUGAUACCCAAUCAAUUUCAAGAUCUAACUCAUACCCAUUAGGAGAAAACAAUGCUCAACAAUAUUACUACUACCAAGCUCAACAACAAGUACAACAACCACCUCAAUCUCAAGGAUCUCAAGGUCAAAUUCCUCAACAACUGCAACAACAAUUAUAUUAUAAUCAACAACCAUACAUGGUUCCAUCUUAUUCAACAGGAUAUCCAAAUCAAAGUUAUUAUCCAUCCCAUUAUCUUUAUCAACAACAAAUCAUUUCUCAAUCACCACGUCGUAAAUCUAAACAAUCCACUACAUGGUCUUCUACUGAAGAUAAGUUAUUACGUAACUUGAAAGAAGUUCAAAAAUUAGGAUGGAGAGAGAUUUCUACAUUUUUUGAAGAUCGUACUCCUAAUGCAUGUCAAUUUAGAUGGAGAAGAAUUAUUAGUGGUAUUACUAGUAGUAAAGAAGAAAGUCAAUCUGACGAUCAAGUGAAUGAAGUUGAAAGUGGUUCCAAAUCCGCUUCAGUCUCAGGAGAAUCAUUACUGCUGACUGACUUACAACAGGAACAAGAUCUUAAAAAGAAUGGUAGUACAAAUCAUCAUUCAAUUGAUUUCUUAUUAAAUUAG